UCCAAGAUGAGAUCUUUGAGGAACACCAGAAGUUACAGGCACGAACGUAGAGCAGUAACCUUUAACUGUAACAGCCUGGCUUCGAUCCCUGAGGUGAUAAAGAAAACAAAGGAGAAUAGAGAGAACAUGAAAAAGUCAAAUGGCGGUACCACUAACAAUUUAGCAGAUAAACCAGGCUUCAAGUCAUAUAUUGACAUUCUGCUUGAUCUAGAAGAAACAGAUGCCAGCUUUACAGAGGAACGGAUGCGUGGAGAAGUAAAUACAAUUAUACUUGCAGGCCAAGAAACAAUAGCCACCACGUUGUUCUUUUGUUUCUUAACGAUAGGAGACCAUAAAGACGUGCAAGAAAAAAUGGUAAAAGAAAUAAAACAAGUAAUGGGUGAAGAGAAGUGCGAUGUCACAAAAGAACACUUGUCAAUGAUGCCGUAUUGUGAGGCUGUAAUAAAUGAAACCAUGCGGCUAUAUCCUGCAGCUCCUGGCGUUAUGCGAUACGCAGACCGUGACGUUAAACUUGGAAAAAGAUAUGCGAUUCCAGUGUUAAAGACGAUCUUGAUUCACUGCAUUCGUGAUUAUGAGAUCAUAGCUGAACGAAAUGAGAAUUUAGAGUUCAAAGUGGAUGUUGCCUUAAAAGCAAUAAAUGGUCAUUUGAUACAAGUGAAACGACGACAGUAA